AUGGCAGCACAUGAAGUCCACGCAACCACUCCUGGCCCAAUUCAUUCCAGGAAAACCCCCCUUCGGAGGGUCCCGAGCUCAGGCUCACUUGGCGGCAACGAACGACCUACAACACCUACAUUGCGCAAACGGACAUCAUUGGGCUCUUUGCAAGGCACCGGCGGAAGGACCUCGCCGCGAUCACCAGCCUUCCGCCGAACCUCUUCAACACUAGCUGCUUCGCCCAGCAGCACAACCAUGGGUGCUAGAUCAAAUAUUUCCCCACCGGCGGAGAAAAUCUCCCAAUUAGCACCUACAGCGGCUUCUAUCGCUCACGAAUACUUCAAGAAGGAGCUGCAGAUGCAUGAUGACGGAUUCGGCGCUGUACAGGAAGCCCAAACCGUGGUGAUCCUUCAAGAUGACUGCUACGGUCACCGUUACUCAAGACCAAGGACCUCAAGGGCAACUCUCAGCACUAUAGUAGAGCGUCCUGAGCGUAUACAUGCCUCUAUCCUGGGGCUAGCUACGGCAUAUGUUCGUCUUGGCGGACGACAUGCAGAGGGUCAUGCUGCCCCGCAUCCAAAGAUACAUCCAUCUUCCCUCCCCGCCGGACCAUUUCAGAUACGGAAGACUUCUCGAAGAAUGUCACUGAGAUCUCCUGCCACCACAGCUAUCCACGGGACAAAGUGGAUGACCGAACUCAGUGCCAUGUGCGAUGCGGCAGAGUCGAAAUUAGCACUUGGUGAAAAAGAGCUCACGAGAUCGAAUACAAACGCCCAGACAAACGGUGCUUCCCAAGAUGAGCAGUCGAAACUGCACGAAGGAGACUUAUACCUUUGCUCAGGGUCUUUGAACGCCUUAGAAGGCGCUCUGGGAGGUGUCUGCGAGGGUGUUGAUGCGGUCUUCAAGGAACAGGGAGCGAGGCGAGCAUUUGUUUGCAUUCGACCACCCGGGCAUCACUGCUCUGGUGACAUGCCAUCGGGUUUUUGUUGGCUCAACAACGUUCACGUAGGAAUAGGCCAUGCUGCCUUGACUCAUGGACUGACCCACGCAGCCAUCAUCGAUUUUGAUCUGCAUCAUGGUGACGGAUCCCAAUCUAUCACAUGGGCCCAUAACGCAAGGCUUUCUUCAUUACCAAAGAACACCCCCAUAUCAAAGAAGACAGCUAUCGGCUAUUUCAGUCUACACGAUAUCAAUUCAUACCCAUGCGAGAUGGGUGACGAAGAAAAGGUUCGUAAUGCAAGCUUAUGCAUCGAAAACGCCCAUGGACAGACAAUAUGGAACAUCCAUUUACAAUCAUGGAAGACCGAUGCCGAAUUCUGGAAACUGUACCAGGACCGCUACUCAGUCGUUCUCUUAAAAGCUAGAGACUUCCUCCGAUUGCAUUCGGAUCGCAUUCGUCAAGCGCCAACCCAUCCAAAGCCCAAAGCCGCUAUAUUCCUCUCAGCAGGGUUCGAUGCAAGUGAAUGGGAAACCCAAGGUAUGCAGAGACAUCAGGCCAACGUUCCUACAGAUUUUUAUGCCCGUUUCACCCGCGACGUCGUCAUGAUGGCAGAAGAAGAAGGCCUGGGAGUCGAUGGUCGCGUGAUCAGUGUACUUGAAGGCGGCUACAGUGACCGAGCCCUCAUGAGCGGCGUCUUGAGCCACGUCAGUGGGCUGACUGCCGCUACGAACCCGGUAAGGCAGCGGAAUAUAAGCAAUGGGCUAGGCCAUGAGAUGGGUUGGAGAUUGGGGAAACCGGAUACUGAUGGUGAUCCUCUACAAAACCUUGAGGAUGUGCCAAGACAAUCGAUUGAAGCUCUCGAUACUACAUGGUGGUCCCCUCCCCAGUUGGAAGAAAUAGAGACUUUGAUCAACCCUCCACAGCCCACAGCAGCUCCUAAGAAGCAGCGAAACGAUUCGCGACCAACUUACACUUCAGCCACUCAGUCAUAUACGGCCAAGAUCGUUUAUCCCAUUCAAGGCCGGCGAUCUUUCUCCGGCAAUGGCGCACAUAAUUAUCGGACAGCGUCUCCUGUGUCUCGGGGACCAAGCCCUCCGCCACCCGCGGUAGAUUGGGCUACAGCUGCGCAUGAGCUAAGUAAGUUAUUGGUGCCAUCUGAUCGUGAGACCAGGAGCUGCAAGCCCGAAGAUCUGAAUGCCGAAGCAACUCGAGCCCGACGAGAUCGUCAGUCGAGUGUGGGGUUGCCUGUGGGUGGCCCUGUCAAUGAUCUUAAGCGAAUGCAGCUUCGGGAUCGAAAGGUCAAGCCACCGCAAUAUACGUCAGACGAUGAGCAACCGAAGCCUAUGUCUAGGGCAAACCGCCGCAAAACCAUUGCGGAUGUCUCAUUACUGGCUCGGAACAUCGAACCUCCGAUUGCAGGGCAUGCUAGCGCGGCACAACCUGUGCAGCAUGUGAGAAGACGCUCAAGCGUGACGUCCAGCGCUGGUUCAAUGCACGCCGAGAAAGGCUCAGAUUUCAGUCUCGGUUCUGCAACUGAUAGCCAACCACGACGGGAGCCACUUGUGGUGAAAAAGGCGAAAGCCCCUGCGAUUCCUCGUCCAGAAAUCGGAAAAUCUAAAGCCAUUAGAAAACAACCUGCAAGCUCCGUUGCGCCAAAGAGUGUCGGCCAACCAGCUCCGACACAGCCCUCGCACGAGAUGGACAAAGUCCCAUUAUCAGAGAAUGAGGAAUUGAAGAACAGGGAUGUUGACCAGCUGGUUUCUGGAAUGACACAGAUGAGGAUCAAACUGAAUGUUCCACCGAAGGAAGAAUACGAAGCCAGGCAGACGAUGUCGAAACCUGCUCCACGCGGGCGGCCCAAAUCCACGACCGCUAAAACUGCAAAGGCUGCUUCCCCCACCAAGGCAAAAUCCAAGGCGGUGAAAGUCGCACCAGCGAUGAUUGCUGAGGAGCCGCUCACGCCUCGACAGCUCCCUCAACCAGCUCCUUGCACAGGCCCUACUCCAGGAAUGCCUCCGCCAGCACCAGCACCAAUCCUACCAGAGCUGGGGCCGGCUGCUCGUGAAUCUUUUCAUCCUCCAAAUACAUCUUUUGCUGCUCCACCCUCUUCUACUGUCUCCGCAUUUGCCUCAGACAUGUUAGAAUCCGGGCCAUUCACCGCCUAUACGCCAAGCAAAGGAAUGGAGACCUCCAUAGCUGCACCUCAGCCGGCUCCAUCGACUUCGGCCCCCAGUUUCGCAGCACCAAGUACGCCAAUGACGGCGAAACGAACCAGGCAGGACCUUCCCGUCUUCACCUCUACGUCGUCCAUUUCCUUUGGCAGACCGGCUAGUACCAACGCAACCAUUGAUCAAGCUAUGAUGCGAGAUAGUAAUGAUCAAAAGGACUCGGUUCUGCCUCAGACGCCAAGUUUAGGUCCGCAGUCUGUUCUUCCAGCUCAGAGCCAAUCAUCGGUGACUUCUGGAUCUGCGGCAGAGACUGACACGAAAGAGGAGUCGCUGUCUUCUGGCUCUAUCUGGGACGUUCCUGACACUCCACAAUUUCGAAUGCCUUGA